GUUAUCGACGAUAUCUCGUCGAUUAGCGCGGAAAUGAACCUAUUUAUGGAUUCGUGUCUCAUUGAUGCACGUGCUGAAGAUCAGAUGAUUUCACAAUGUAUCGAAAAAAAGUAUCCUCUUGAUCGUUACACCUUUUAAAAUGCUGAGGACGCUUGCUACUCGAUCAGAAAAGAAAAUGUAAAUAAAAUCUCCGUCGCGUUUUCGUUGCUGCGACAUCGUCAGUUUCUCAUUCGCACGCAAUCGAAGAGGGAUCCAGUUGGUCGUGAAAAUCGGAACGUUGCGCCACAAUGAAUUCCUGUAGAAAGCAGAACGAGGAGGCACUGGCGAAGGUCUUGGACUUGUUCCUACUGCCAGACUACAACGUUGUCUCGACAACCUACCUGGAUCACUUGCUCACCCACAUUACGGAGAACACGAAGGAGUGUUCCACAGUCGACUAUGAAUACUGCGAGGUCUUUCAAAAGUGGAUACCAAAGGCUCUAGCGAUAUGGGAGUCUGGGCAGAAGGCCUCACAGCCUGUGAUCACGUUUACGCUAAAGCUAGUGGGGAUCAUCUCGCGACAUGAAUUACGCUUUCACUACUGGCAGUGUCAGAAUGUGUAUGAUCGACUCUACAAAAUUCUGCAGUUGCACAGAGAAGACUUGCCUGCUUCUAUAAAAAUGGCGUACACCACGUUGCUGUCGGACUUAAUUGCCCAUCGAAGCGGCAGGCAGUGGGUAAUACAGUCCGGUGUGUGGAAGGAUGUUGUAAAGUAUGCACACUGGAAUCAAACAAUGUAUGUUACCAGAGAGAGCCAAAAAUUCUUAUGGACCCUGUUGCUGCACGAGCAAAAGAAUAUUGACACAUGCAAGGAGAUUAUUCUGGCGGUAGCCGCACCCCUAAUGAGUAACAUUCUAGACGUGCAAAUGCAUCAGGCUCUCGAGGAGACGUAUCUAGAACAGAACAAGCUGCUGUGCUCUACAUUGGACCUGCUAACCAGCAUCCUGGAGAACACUCUGUUUGCGAGUUUGGACAACACUAUUCCCGAGUUGAUCGAGAAACUUGUGGAUCUUGAGAUGCGAGUGAAGGCGUUGUUCGAGGCUAGUAUCAGCACUAGAUUCCUUCAACAUGUGCACAAAUUGUUGCUACUGUCGCUGUUCUUGAAGCUGAAACAGGGAAUUAAAGAGCACACGACAGUGAUCAACGUUGAUGCCUGGCACAAGUUCUGCUACGGUUUAUCCUACAUUUCUAUGAUGUUGUUGUCGAAGAAGGAUAUUGUAGAGCUAGUGAAAAACAACAAAUUCUCUAUGACAUACUGGAAAAGAUUGCUCGCAGUGCACGAAUUUGUUCUGCCGGAGCAACACAAGUUUGAGCAUCAAGCCAUUGCCUUGAUGAUAAUACCGCUCUGCGUAUGUAUAAAGAAGAACCACUUGUCUCACGAUCUCUUUGAUAUGUUCAUUAGUAAAAUUUUCGACGUGACGUGUAUACCUGUACAAAGAUUAGCCUACAACAUCAGGGACAUCAUACGGAAAGGGGAUCUUCCAAUGGAGCACAUUUGUAAAGUUUCUAUUGAUCUGCUCCUUGAAAUAUCCGACAUAAUGGAUCGAGAUGUAGCUGUGAUCACAUUUCAGACUUUCUCUCACGUCUUGAAAAGCUACAUGCCAGACACGUGGGGGUGUGUGCAAACGAGAAAUUGUGUGCCACCAGAUAUAAACAGCACCUCUCCUUCGGAGCAUCAUCGAAAGUUUUUGUACAAAUCGAUAUUGGAUGGCGACCCCAUAGUCGACUAUCCAAUUUUAUUGGCAUCACUGCUCGACGGCUUGGCCGUCAUGACAGAAAAAUUCAAAUUGAAGUGGCAGGAGUGCGUGGAAACGAUAUGUAUGUUGUCCCUCGCACAGGAGAUUCUCAAUCAUUCCGGAAUAUUGCCAACGAUUUGUGUAAAGGCAUUGAAACUGUGCAAACUUGCUAUUCAUAACUUUAUGCCGCCUAAUUUGGCGCUACUCGUGGACUCGGACAGCCAAAUGAAUGAGAUUGGACCCACGCUCUUUAAAAGAUUGCACGAUCCCAACUGGGAAGUGAGAGACAGUGUUCUCGAGGUUCUCAACACUAUCGCAACUAUUUCCGAAGACAAGUAUCCGGCAUUCCAGGAUUUCCUAUUGAUCAAUCAGUUUCCAAAAGUAGUGGUUGAGAUCAUUAAAACAGACGGUGAGAGCUACGUACGAGCGUCAGCGUUAACAUUCAUCGCGACAAUGGUGCGCAUCAAUAAACUAUGGGAGCAGCAAUUGUCUCAAGUAGAUUUAACCGACAUAGCGAUUUAUCUACUGAAGAAUGAAACCGAGGCGAUAGUUAGGAGAGAAGCUGUGAACCUAAUUAAAGAAUUAUACGUUCAUCAAAAGUGGUCAAAAGAGGUCAUUGAUUCGAUGUUGCGAGCGAUGUGCGUAGCAGCUGUAUUCGAUCUGCACUGGGAAGUGAAGACGAACGCGUUAUUCUUCUGGGAACACUUCGUCAAGUCGCACUUGACGGAUCAGGGUAUGCUCGAUGAUUCAUUUCCGAACGUCACGUUCUCCAAAGAACACAGGAAGAUCAUGGCGUUGAAUGAGAACGAGAUUAAGCGGAGGCUCAAUAAGGCACUGGACGAAUUGGCAAGACAGAAUUGCUUGGGUGUGCUUCUGGUUACCCUGAAGGACGACAGUGAUUUUGAAGUGUGCAAAGUGUCCGCCGCGAUAAUCGGCAAGCUGAAAACCUGCCUACUCAAGUACAAACUGAACGAACCGCCGUCGCCGAUGGAAAACAACUCGAUGAUAGACACCGUCUACGUCAAAGAGGCAUCGCCUAUUUCCUCGUCUAUCUGCGACGAGAAAACGCAAAAUUCCUUGCACAUUAUUGAGGAGAUUGUGGAUGCAAACGAUGCCAAUCUGCUCGCUUCUAUCUACAAGAAGAACUCUAUGAACAUGGAUACCGAGAUGACGACCGAGGAGGAGGAGGAGAAAGAGGAGAAGAAGACUCUCCGUUACAUCUCGUCCGUGACGCGCCAGGAUUUCUUGCAUGCGAUCUUCAACUACGACAUCGAUGCCUACAUCGAAGAGAAGAACCGCUGGCUGAAAACAUAUACUAGUAGCUUUGAGUCUAUUCUGGACGACAUAGUGACGAUGUACAAGCAGAAUGACGUCAAUUCGAUGGACUGCUACUGAACUCGUGGCGCUUCACGCAUGUCUUAGCACAUAAAAGGCUGGUCAUUUAAAAUUAGAUGUUGCAAAGGUUAGUUAAAUGGUAAGUCUUCUAAAGAAAAUUUUGUCACAAAAAAAAGAUUUUAUGUACUUAUAUGUACAAAUGUUAUAAAUUUAUUUUUUGUAUUCAAUCUACAUCUACUUUAACUACAUUUAUUUCUAAAAUUCUAAAUAUUGCCGUAAGUCGUUUGUACAAAAUAACACCGGCCAAGUGUGUUAAGAAAACUAUGACAUGUUCUCGUUCUUUAUGGGGAGACAUGUUGAUUGUAUAAUUGUUAAAUAUUGCAUGUACAAAUACAAGUUGAUAGUAUGUAUAUAUAUGUACAUAUUUGAAAACUUGAAUACGUUACUGAAUGAUCAAAAUUGAGCGCGGAGAAUUUACUUUUAAUUUUUAUCUAAAGCAGUCUUUCUCACAGAACAAUUCUCACAAGUUGAACAUUCUGCUUUUAUUUUUCUUACGUAUAUCUUUCUAUUCUUUUAUUUCAACGCUUUUUCUGCUACAUAUAUAUAUAUUUUUUUCUUAUUUCUUUGAAUAGCAAGCAAGAGACCGUAAUGCUUUUGCUCUUAUCUUCUUACUCUAAGUUCUUACUUUUAGUAAAUAGUACUACACAUGCAAUGGCAUAUGCUUCUUAAUAGCAUUGACAUUUGUAUAUCAUUAGCGUAAAUAAUAAAACAGGAAACUAAAAAAAUUUACUACA